UUUUGCCCAAUGGGAGGCUACAGUUCAGUGAGGAUAGGCUACUAGACCUCUCUGGGAUGCAUCAAGUCAGAGACCUCACCGCUCGUCCUUUGGAAACAUCGCUUUGGGGGCGUUGUCAUGGAAAUCAAAGGACGUGUAGAUGGAUUUGACAAAGAAGGGGGCUUCAAAGGAACAAAAGCCAGUAUGAUACUAYUUCCAAAGGUGUCAGAAACAUUAAAAGCGAAUGUCCCUUGUAUAUCCCUCAAAUGAAGACCGCGCUUCUCUUGGCACACCGAUAACCUAAUCUCCACAAAGUGCAUUUUGCAAUAUGGUUGCUUUCUGUGAAGAACAUCAUUUUAAACCGAAUCAGACACACAUGCAACACAGUUUUGCGGCUUGAGCUAUGCAGGCCUGAGUGACACGGAAAGUGCGCAUCAGAGUGGAACACCAUCCUUUGCGCUUGGGAGUAGGCUACCAAGAUGGUCAACAAGGGGAAUAAACUUCAGAGCCUGUCAAAAGGGUUUGUUCUGCUCAGCAUAAUGACACUCAAGACCAAUGCCAUCGAGACGGUCAACGUGGUGGACUUCUGUGGCCAGAACAUCCGGGGCAACGGGAUGAUUGUCAACUCACACCAGGAGUCCAAGAAGUACUACUUUGUCACCAUGGGAACAGACUGCCACUUCACUAUGCAGGCUGCCUCCCCCAAGGACAAGGUACAGUUCCACUUCCGCUUCUUCCUGGUCUACAGCCUGCUUCGUUUAGCACCCCAAAGUCCCACCUCCUUGUUCCCUGAGUCCCCCCGGGACCUCCGAUUAGAGCCUUCGAAUCCAGUGGUGGAGCCAAGGGACCCGUGUCAUGCGGGGUCAUACAUUCAGUUCUAUGAUGGGCGGGACAAGAACUCGCCUCCAAUUGGGCCACCGCUGUGUGGGAAGAGCCCACCCCGUCCGGUGCUGUCCACAGGGAAUCACUUGACCCUGCGUCUGGUAACCCGCGGUACCCAGCCAAGAGUGGACUUUGUGGGGGACUUUACCUCCUUCAGACUGGGUUUUAACCAAUCCGCGUGCAGCGGCGAACCUUAUUUCCCGUGUCGCAAUGGGAAGUGUAUCCCCAUGAGUCUGGUGUGUGACGACAAGGGCAUUGAUAACUGUGGGGACGGGAGCGACCUAGAGGAUCACCUGCCCUCAGGGUGCAAAGUUCACUUAGCAGGUCAGCUGGCUCCAGGCCAAGCCACUCCCCCAGCAGUGACCCCAACCCCUCCUGUCUUAAAUCCGCCAACUUUUCCCAUGUCCACCUAUAGGAACUGUGGCACUCCAGACGGCGUACCCAAUCACGACUCAGUGACAGACUCUCCACCCUACCUGUCCCUGCUGGCGCUCUUCAUCACCCUGGGUGUGAUAGCUGGUUUGGUCCUGCUGUGUUGGUGCUGCUGGUCUCCAGGCUGGUUCCUCUGGAGGAUCAUUGUCUGCCACUUCCUACCCUGCUGUAACUCAGCCUGUGCCUUCUGCAAGCUCUGUGCCCGAAGCUGUUCUCAGAACAAGGAGCACCGACUGGCUAAGGUUUCACCACAAGGACAGGUCACAACCAACACCACAGCCACGGCUAGCGCCACUAGUGUCGCUGUGUAGGGGGUCGCUAUAUAGCGUAGGACUGUUAUCGCUAUGUAGGGUAACCACCAUGAUGGCUAACAGUGAGACAGAUGGACUCAUGGACAUGAUGACCCAGAUUUCAUGUUCUAGACUGAUGGACUGAGAUGAGACUCAUCUUUUUGCUAGUUUACAAGAAUGUCAUGGAAGAAGGGGUACUGCAGGGUGUACGUUUGCAUUUUCAGUGGAAAUGAGACAGUGUCAUUAUCUUCUCCCCACAUUUGGACAGUUCUUAAAAUGGGGAGAGGCUUCACUUUUGAAUGUUUCACUCACUGUAUGAUCCUUUUUUGUUGUUGCUUUAAAAAAUAAAUGACUGGCGCUAAAUCCGCUACACUCAAAUUAG